AUGGAGUUGACUCACGAGCAAACAUUUACUGUUGGUUCAGGCUGUGCCUAUGAAGAUCAGUACAAGAUCUCUUACAGAAAAAUCAUAUAUGAUUAUAUCUCUCGAGCCUGGAAUGUAGAUGUGAUAAGGUUCUUCUUGGAGAGAGGAGCUAAUAUCCACAGGCCUGAUGCAUUUGGGGUUGCAGCUCUCCACGUGGCCGCAGCUUUGGACUAUGAAGAUAUGAUUCGGUUUCUUCUUGAAAGAGGAGCUGACAUUGAGGCGCACGUGUAUAAAGACAUGCAGACACCAUUACACUUUGCUGCGAAGAACGAUGCUACUGAGGCGGUUCGGAUUCUCCUGCAGAAUGGAGCAGACAUUGCUGCACAUGACUACAAACAAAGAACUCCACUACAACUUGCUGUCAACCGAGAUCGUAGUGAAGCAGCAUAUGCACUGUUAGAGCUGGGGGCAGAUGCUGGGGUUCAGGAUUCUGAUGGACAGCUGUGUAUCACUGCUAUGAUUGGCAAGAUGACGUCUAUAGUAAGUGUCAAUAAUCCAGCUUUAUAA